GAUGUAAACAAAUCAUGAGGUUUGACUGCGUGUGAUGGGAUAAUUUGAUCAUUUUAACUCAAUUACACUAUAAUCCACGUGAUAUUUAAAAGAAAAUGAUAUUUGAGCUUAAGAGUUCCAACUUCUGACAGGUUUAUGAUUAUUUAAUGAGUCAUUAUUUUAGUUACGGAGGAGCUGACAAUUUUUGUUAGGUAAAUACUUAAAAAAAAAUUGUGGUUGGACAUAAAUACAAUGGAAAAAUUGCCGGUUAUUGAAGUUAGUGAAGAGAAUUUCGUUAGUGUUUUACCAGCUAUAAGAGAUGCGAUCAGCAAAGCUUCAUUUGUGGCCAUUGACUGCGAACUCAGUGGCCUUGGACAACGGAAGAAGAUCAAUUAUCCAGAGAUAGACUUCCGAUAUCAGUAUAUGGCUGAAGUCGCACGCAAAUAUGCAGUUGUGUCCCUGGGUUUAUCUUGUUUUACCUGCAAGUCAGUGAGCAAUCUGAAAAUUGAAAAUAAAGAAGGUGGAUGUGGGCAAGUCCUUAGCCAUGAUUAUCUAGUGCAGACUUUUAACUUCAUCACAUUAUGUUCUGAUGACUUCACCGUAGAGUGUAACUCAUUCAAAUUCCUUGAAAGACAUGGCUUUGACUUCAACAAGUUAUAUGCCAAAGGACUGCAGUAUUACAAAGGAUGUGAUAAAGAGAAAGAGGAGAAUCCAAAUAUUCGUCAUGUAUUGUCAAACAUUCUAGAGCACAGAAAACCUGUUGUGGUUCACAAUGGCCUUUUAGACUUGGUAUAUCUUUAUCAAGCUUUUUAUGCAGAACUUCCCAAAAAAUCUGAAACCUUUGCAGCAGAUCUGUCAGAUAUGUUCCCAUGUGGUGUUUAUGAUACAAAGUAUAUAGCAGAAUUCCAUCAGUCUGUACCUGCAACAUAUCUGGAGUAUCUGUACACAAAAAUGCAGUUGAAGAAUGCUCACAGAGAAGUUUCAGAGAAGUGGCACGUUAGGGUAACUUUCCCCCCUUACCCAAGCAACCUGGCCAACAUAGACUGGUACCCAUACUUACAGAUCCAUUCAUAUGAUGUCAAGAAUGAUGACGACGGCCUAGAAGUUUGUGAUACAUUUGCCUAUCAUGGAUGGUGCUCAAAAGGUAGUGAAUGUGGAAACAGUCAUAAUAUAAAUAAAAUAGUCAAACAACUUCAACCUAAAGCAGCAAAGAAGAGUAGUUCAACCGGCAGAAAAUUCAGUGGGCCAAAGACAGGGUCACUGGUGCACAUAAUACAGCAGGCCGCAAGGAAAGAAGAAAUGGAGAACAACAAAAGAACAAAUGAGGACCUCGAACCAGAAAGGAAGAAAAAUAAAAUCUCGAGCAUCAAAUCAGGAAAUAUGAGGAAUGGAAAUGAAUCAUGCCAGGAACAUAACAGUGACUCUAAAUCCAGUGGAAUAAAUAAUCAAGACAGCAAAAACGCCGGAAGUCAUAAAGCUGGCUACGAUGCCUUCAUGACUGGAUUCAUAUUUGCAUCCUAUGUAGCAGAGAAGGGAGUGUUAAGUACUAAAAACAUCAGUUACACAGCAGACAGUUUAGGUCUUAGUGAGGAAAAUAAUAAGAUGUAUUUGGUUGGAAAAAAUAUCCCAUUUCUGAUAAGAACUAGUGCAUAUGCAAACAUGUCUACAAAUCACAUGUCAAAAAUUGCAAAGAUCAGAAAGGACUGUAUGAGAUAAAGUUAUAGUGAAGUUAUAUGUGUAACAUAUCAUCCUACUUAUUUUCAGUUUCUAUUAAUAGUGUAAGAGUGGAAGGUGAAAAAAAUGCAUGCUGAAGAAAAAACAUAUAUUCUACUAUUUUGUAAAAGAAAGUUAUGGGAAAGAUUGAUACAUAUUAUCAGACUAUUAACUAUAAGUGGGAUGAAUAUGCUUCUGAUUAUUGGAAUUCAGAAUUAGUUCCCUUUUACCUUGAGAAUUUAGCAUGCAAUUUAUCAGAUCACGGAGAUAAGCUUUUAUAUAAAUGUGGGAUACAUAUGCAGUGUAUUAUGUUAAAUUUAUGUUGAGAAAAUUUUGCUUAGAACACUGAACACAGGAAAGUGGAAUGUCUGUUGAGAUAUAUGCAGAAGUAUAUUAAAUGUUGCUACUGCUGUUGCUGAGAAAAAAAGCUGGUCAGCAUCCAGUAAAUAGUUAUGUGACAUCUAGAAAUACAAAUGUUAAAAAAAUAAGACCACCCAAUGUGUAACAAGAAAUGUUUAAAUGUUUAAAAGUUGCCAGUGAAUGAAGAGUGAAAGCACAAUGGGGCAAGCACUACAGAGCAUAGCAUAGUAUUGUAUAUGGCCUAAGGCUCCUCAUCACUCAGGCUCUGAUUUCAUUUAAGCAGAAAGACUGGCAGACGACCUAAACCUCCAUCACCAUAGUUGGUAGUAGUGGAAACUCAUCAUGUCUGUCUUGGAUGGAAACGAGAGCAGAGUGGAAGGCUCACGCGUUGCUUCCACGAUAAGAAUAGUGUGUCAUAAGUAUGUGGUGUUAAUAAGGGCAUCAGUGUAAUAAAUAUUAUAGUAAUAAAGUCAGAAAUUUAUCAAAGUAAAAAAACCUAAUGUUUAAAAAAAAAGAAAAAAGAAGAAAAGGAAAUUUACUGUACAUAAAGCUCCAUUUCAAGUUGGCAUGUAUAACUAUAGCUUCAGUAUAAAUGUCAGAUAAGAUCCAAGAAAAUGUAUUAACUUUUACCAAGAAUUUAGUGCAGUCCGACUUAGAGAAAUUAAUACUUACUGCACUCAUUACUUCUAGUAUGUACUCCCUAGAAGAGAAAAUGAAACAAAAUAUUCCUGAUUCAAUGGACCAAUAUGCAUAAUAAUACUGCCCUCUUCUUUAGCAUGAUGUCCCUUUUUUUAAUUAAAAUAAAUAACAACUGAUAAUGUAAAUGAAUGUUAAUAUUUCUAAAGAUUUCAAAAACAAGAGUAAACAAAUCUUUGGUAUUGUACUUUUUCUUUAUUCAGUAAUGUCAAAUAUUACUGAUUUAUGCUUUAAAUCACUGUUUUAUAUGAUUUUAUAUAAAUCAAUCCAAUCAAGAUUACCAGGUGCUAGAGAGACUAUAACAAAAUUAAUUGUCUCCUAUUAUAUAAAAUAGAUUAUGCAAACUUAUUGUUUAAACACUCACUAAAAAAAAAAAAAAAAAAAAAAAAAAAAAAAAAAAAAAAAAAAAAAAAAAAAAAAAAAAAAAAAAAAAAAAAAAAAAAAAAAAAAAAAAAAAAAAAAAAAAAAAAAAAAAAAAAAAAAAAAAAAAAAAAAAAAAAAAAAAAA